AUGUUGUUUCCCGUUUCAAAGCUGCUCUUGGCGCUUGUUCCCGAAAUCGUCUUAGCCGCACCUCCUGCCAAGAGAUGGGGCCAGCAGUAUCAUGAACAAGAUCAGAAGGGUGCUGUCGCCUCUGAGAGUGCUGUCUGCAGUAAAAUUGGUGUGAAUCUGAUCAAGGAUGGUGGUAACGCUGCUGAUGCUCUUGUGGGCACCGUCUUCUGCAUUGGUGUUAUUGGCAUGUAUCAUAGUGGACUCGGGGGUGGUGGUUUCAUGAUUGUACGAGGCUCAAAUGGCUCAUACGAAUUCAUCGAUUUCCGGGAAACUGCACCCGCCGCUGCUUUCGAGGACAUGUAUAAAGAUAAUGUGAAUGCUUCCAUAUACGGUGGACUAGCAAGUGGAGUCCCCGGUGAAGUUCGAGGUCUCGAGUAUCUUCAUAAGAAUUACGGCAAAUUACCGUGGGAGCAUGUAAUGAAGCCCGCCAUCAAAGUGGCUCGGAAUGGCUUCACUGUCACGCAAGACCUUGUCAACCAGGAGAAGAGCGCCGUUGCAGGCCUAGACAAUUUCCUGCUUCAGGACCCCGGCUUCGCAAUUGAUUUCGCGCCAAAUGGAACCCUGCUCGGAUUAAAUGAAACAAUCACCCGGAGACGCUAUGCUGAUACGCUUGAAGCCAUCUCGAAGCGUGGCGCCGAUGCUUUCUACACUGGCCCAAUCGCAAAUGCUACAAUCCAAGCCUUACAAGCGGUGAAUGGCACCAUGACUUUGGACGACUUGAAGAACUACACAGUAGCGAUACGUAAACCCGCCACUGUUGACUAUCGGGAUUACAAACUUACAGCAUGCUCUGCUCCAUCGUCUGGGGAAGUGGCUCUCUCUGUCAUGAAGAAGAUAGAGGGAUAUGGAGAUAUUGGACAACCUUCCACUACCAAUCUCAGCACUCAUAGGCUGGACGAGGCAAUCCGAUUCGCUUAUGGAGAGAGAGCAAAGCUUGGUGAUCCAGCCUUCGUUCCAGGGCUAGACGAGUAUCAAAAUGAGAUGCUCAACGAGACUACCGCCGAGAUCGUCCGCAGUAAAAUCUCUGACACAGAAACCCUAGAUGUCAAAGCCUACGAUCCUUCAGAGCUCAUCUCUCUCGAAUUAGGUAGCACGUCUCACAUCGUCACCGGCGACGCCAGCGGCAUGGCCAUCUCUCUCACCACAACGGUCAACCUCCUCUUCGGCUCCCACCUCAUCGUCCCCGAAACCGGCGUCAUCAUGAACAACGAAAUGAACGACUUCAGCAUCCCCGGCUCCUCCAAUUCCUUCGGCUACACGCCCUCCCCCGCAAAUUACAUCCGCCCUGGAAAGCGCCCCCUCUCCAGCAUCUCCCCCACCAUUGUCGAGCACAAGUCCAACAACUCCCUCUACUACGUCAUCGGCUCCGCAGGCGGUUCGCGCAUCAUUACGGCAACGAUCCAGAAUCUCUGGAACGUGCUUGAUCGGGGGGAUAAUGUGAAGCAGAGCUUAGCGCGGCCGAGACUGCAUGAUCAGUUGGCGCCGAAUCAGGUCAGUUUUGAGUAUACGUAUGAUAAUGAGACGACGGCUUUCAUGAAGUCGUUGGGCCAUAAUGUGACGUGGGUCGCACCGGGGCAGAGUACUGCGCAGGGUUUGAGGAGGCUGUAUAAUGGAACUUUUGAGGCGGCUGGGGAGCCCAGGCAGAAGGCGUCCGCUGGGUUCGCGGUAUAA